CACACGCACAGAAAGACACACACACAUGCAGACACACGCACAGACAGACACACACACAUGCACACACACACGCACGCACCCGCGCCCAUAUAUAGAGAGCACAUCCCCCACGCACACAGACCGAGACGGGUUGUCGAGUGUGCACACAGACUCAUCCCGAUCCUACAGACAUUCCGCACGGUAUCAUAUUUACCAUCAUACUAAAGAGUGCAGUGUGAUUCGUGUAGAAUAAUACUCAUUGUGUGGAGCGUAGUUGUCUUGACAGCAAUACCCUUGUAGUUGUGCCGUGUCGGAUUUGUACGAAUUGCCUUCAGCUCUGAGUGCGCACGGCAGCCUCGUGUGAAGAAUCCACGAUCCAGAAUUGUGCAUCUCGCUGCGUCUGCGUCUUGGCAGCAUCGCUCUCCAACACAGCCUCUGUUCCCCCGAAUCGGUCUCCCACCACCACCAACUCCUCACCCAAACUCAUCCCAUCCCCUUAUCCUCACCACUGUCAUAAUCUUCAGCAGCAACAGUAACGAUGACGGAGCCCAGUCGACGGGAGAUGGAGCUGCACAAUGCCGCUCGGCUCCACCAGCAGAGGAGGCUCAAGCAGAACACGCAGUUCUCCCACAAGGACUCGGCGGAUCUCCUGCCCCUGGACGGCUUCCGAAAACUCGAGGCCCAACCUCCUUACUCGCUCCAAAAGCGCCUGCUGGAAACUCACCUCUCCAAGCUGCGAUCUGACCCGCACGCUCCGCUCACCGCCUCUUCCACCACGGAGCCCGCUCAGCUCACCUCCGCUCAGCUCGCCUCGACCCAGCACACCCAAGCGCCCAACUCCGGGACCCCUUCUCCGACCCCUACCCCGACUCCGACCCCCGAGACCCUCACUCCGACCUCCGAGACCAUCGGGGCCCCGUCUCUGGAAAUCCUCACCGCGGUCCACGAAACCAUCGCCCUGCUCCCGAAAGCCGUCGUGCCGACGCUGGAGACGCUGUCCCUGGUGGUCGAGACGAAGGCCGCUACGGCCGUUCCCCUGUCGCCCGUGCUGGAGAGCCAAUCGUCCCGCGAGGAGAGGGAAGAGGCGGCCACGCGCGAAGAAGGAGGAGGGGGAGCGCCCGCGCACGACUCGCUCCGCGUGCGCUGCAAGUGCGCCGGCGGGGACGCGACGGCCGCGCUGUGCACGACGCGCGCCGCCAACCUCGUCUCCCGUGCGUGCACCAAGCGGCUCCGGCUGCAGGACUGGGGCGAGGAGGAGCGGGGGGGGCCGCGGAGCGCGCGGCCGGGGGGAGCCACGGCGCUUAUCGGGGGGCUACUGCUGCAGCUGGGAGGCCGCACGCUGCGCUGCUCCGCAUGGGUGAUCGACGACGACGACGACUCGACGGACCUGCAACUGGGCCUGGAGACGCUGCGAGACUUGCAGGUGUCGAUAGACCUGGAGAGGGACUGCCUGGUCGUGGGCGGUGAAGUCAAGGAAGAGAUCCCGUUUAUCAAGGAGAGUUAGAACGCGUGAGGACGCGGGGUCGUGUUUGAGCGUGUGGACGUGCACACGCCACGCACGGUGGCUGAGAGGUGGCCACCGAGAUCCGGUCACAGCUCCCACAUCUCACGCCCCGCACGCACAACGCAACCACGGCAGCUCCCAAUACAACCAGGCGCAGGCCAACGUAGGACCAACACGUGGACAGCCACUCGGCAUGGGCGUCCUGACAUAGCGACCACGCUGGAAUUGGGAUAGG